AUGUGGGACACGGAGAGACGGAAGCCACGUCGGGGCGGCAAGGAACUCGAGCUUUUGGGACCAGGUGAUGCAAACGGCAUGUGGGAUUGGCACACAAUGACACACGGACUGGACGUGCGCCAUCUGCAGCUUGAACAGGUCAAGUUGCAGUGUCGAUGA